CUGGUGGGCUGCUCUGACGGAGCCUCGGCGCCCAGCAGCCUGGGACUGCAGCGUGUUCCUUGGAGAACUCAGCUUCCAUGGCGGCCAGGACGAGAGAGAAGCAAGGACUGCUUCUAUGGAGAGCUCAUUUUUAUCUUGUGCAGAGUCAUCUUUGUAGCGGGAUGUUGAAAUGUGACACAGUGCCUGUUUGUUUGCAAUAGCUGCAACCCUCGUAGCAGAAAUUCAAGUGGGAAACAGAGGGGGAAUCCAGAGGCAAAUCAGCGGGAGAAUUAGAAACCGUGACGUCGCGUCCUCCCUCCUGUGCCGGAGCAAGCAAAGAAAGGAGAGGUAGAGGAAAAAAGACUGAGCCUUGCAUCCAGCCGUCACCCUGACAAUGUGUCAGUCAAACGCCCUGCAGGGACCAGAUCUGCACACAGGGAAAUGGCUGCGUUCAGGGAACGGCGGCAGCAGCAGCUGUGCCGGGGACCCGCACCCACAACUGGACUGCCCGGGCCCGGCUGGCUCUGCUGGCGGGACACCAAAUAGGAGAGCUCGUUUCAGGUUGCAAUUUCCCCAGCUGGCCCUGAGGCGAAGGUUGGGCCAGCUAAGCUGUAUGUCUAGGCCUGCUCUGAAACUCCGUUCUUGGCCUCUGACUAUUCUCUAUUACCUUCUGCCUUUCGGUGCUCUUAAGCCCUUGACCAGAGUGGGAUGGAGGCCUGUGAGCAGGGUUGCUCUGUACAAGUCAGUACCAACUCGACUGCUCUCACGAGCCUGGGGUCGUCUGAACCAGGUGGAGCUGCCCACGUGGCUCCGGAAGCCUGUUUAUAGCCUGUACAUCUGGACGUUCGGUGUGAACAUGAAGGAGGCAGCUGUUGAAGAUCUGCAUCACUAUAGAAACCUCAGUGAAUUCUUUCGCAGGAAGCUGAAACCACAGGCACGGCCAGUUUGCUGUGUGCACAGUGUGAUUAGUCCCUCUGAUGGAAAGAUCCUUAACUUUGGACAAGUAAAGAACUGUGAAGUGGAGCAAGUAAAAGGGGUUACUUAUUCUCUGGAGUCUUUCCUGGGACCUCGCAUCAGCACAGAAGACUUGCGUUUCAGUGAGGUCCCACCUGGCAACUCAUUUCAGCAACAACUAGUCACAAAGGAAGGGAAUGAGCUCUACCACUGUGUAAUCUACCUUGCACCAGGGGAUUAUCACUGCUUCCACUCGCCCACUGACUGGAGAGUGUCACACCGCCGUCAUUUUCCAGGCUCUUUGAUGUCUGUGAAUCCUGGAGUUGCUCGCUGGAUCAAGGAAUUGUUCUGCCACAAUGAACGGGUUGUCCUUACAGGAGACUGGAAACAUGGAUUUUUCUCUUUAACAGCUGUAGGAGCAACAAAUGUGGGCUCUAUCCGCAUCUACUUUGACCAGGAUUUGCAUACCAACAGCCCACGUUACUCAAAAGGUUCCUACAACGACUUCAGCUUCAUAUCCAACAACAACAAGGAGGGAAUCCCCAUGAGGAAAGGAGAACAUUUAGGGGAAUUUAACUUGGGCUCAACUAUUGUCCUAAUCUUUGAGGCACCCAAGGACUUCAAAUUCCACCUUAAAGCCGGACAGAAAAUCCGUUUUGGAGAAGCACUGGGCUCUCUCUAGAGACUGACACAGCAAGAAGGCUUUAGAUACAGAGGAACUCCUGAUACAUCGUGGAGUGUUUCACUUGACAAGCAUGUAUCACUCAGCAGGACCUGGGUGAGGAAAAGAGAUGUCUUUGCUGUGUUCACCUUUAGAAUAUUUGGCCUAUAUUUGCAUAUUGCUGCUGAAACACAGAACGAACAUGUAUGUAUCAGGUACAGUUGCCUUUAAAGAUACUGACCACGGAGGUUUCUGUCCUACCCUGUGCCUGUAGUCUUUUGUGUUCUCCCCCUCAGUGUGCCACAGGAUAACUAUGUUCAGAAGCUUAUAAAUCCCUUUUAAGCCUUCCUAGACUGCAGGUCCAAUGGGUAAGGGUGGAAGCAGAGAUUAGCUGUAUUUAAAGGGACGUUGACAAGUUGAGUCAGACCUUGUACCUUAAAUAUGGAGUAUCUUUUUCAGAUCUUAAAUAACAGAUGUGUUCUCAUCUUUAUUCUAAAACACUCCUCUGAAGUUCUUACAUAAAAUGCACGGAGAGCCAGAAAGUUCAAUGGACAAGUAUGGCUUCGCACUCCAAACUAAGCAAAAUGCACAGAGAGUAUCUGUACAGUAAGUUACAUGCCCAAUCUAUUUCCAAUGUUAGACAACUUUUAAUUCUUUUACCUAUGUCCCUUUAGAAACGGACUUUGCACUGUAUUUUAAAGCUAAAAACACUGUGUCUACAUUCCAUAUGAUGAAACUGGUCAUCUUGGGAUUUUAUUUUUUUAAAUAUUAAGAGACAGAUCCAUGUGUCCAUUUUCUACUCCAUGGUUUUAUUUUGCUAUUCCAGGCCUUAAGGACUUUGCAUAAGAGAAAGUUCACUUCUGGAAUUAAGGGUUGGAAGACAGAUGUUUCUCCUGUGAUUCUAUGUAUCUUCAUUGUUGCUUUGUCAUCAAAUUCUUGAAGAAUUAGUUCCUCUAUUUACAGAGCAGCUUCAGAUACUUCAGGACCAAAUUUUAUUGCAUGGAGUGAAAUGCCCUAUGUGCUGACAGUGUGUUAAAAUAUGGCAGAUUGUUGAAGCAAUCUUUGGCCUCCCAGCUGCCAACCUGGCUGUCCUACAGUGGACUGGCAACUAUUUCGUCUUAGCUGAAACAGAAAAAGCCACGCCUGCUCUGACUUCUGCCCUCAUACUUAAUGAUGAGAAUGGGCUGGGUCUUGAAUGCUUUAUGCUGAAGCUUCACCUUACAGUGAAAAUUAAGAGCCUUGUUGUAACUUCACAUCAAGAAGAGUCAAUAACGCCCUGGAUCUGUUGAGUAUGGCACCAAAAGCCCUGACAGAAACUGUGCCAAACUGGAGAAAUUCCAUUUUAAAGCAAUAUAUUGAUUGGUUUUAGAGUUUAAAUUCUUCUAAGUCCAGACACUCCAACAUUUAGAACUGUCUUUGCUGCCCAGAACUUGCUGGAGCGGACGUGCUUACAAAAUUUGCCUUUUUGAUCUCCAAAAAUUUCUCAUAUUACUUUCUUGCUUGAGCCUUGGGUGUUUUUUUCUGCUACUUCAAGGAGCUUAGUAGGCUUUGACCAGCUGUGUUUUCCUGAAGAAAUACUUACCUUUUUUGUAUGCACUGCAGAAAAUAGAAUAUAAUUUUAUUGUACACGUCCAGUUUGCCAAGUCCUGUACGCUUAGCUUGUCAUCAGGAAAGAAGGGAUGGUAAACUGUGUGUAGUGAUGUAGUCCAGCUGUGACUCAAAGAUGAUGGUGGCUGUUCAGGUGACAAGCAGGAGAAAAUUCAUUUGGCUCUGAGAGUCAGUGUUUCCUCACUUUACCCGGGGAGGAGUCUGAAAGCUUGAAGUGGCUCUCGGCCACCUAUGGCGUUAAGCUUCUUGGCAUUAGCAAGUUUACUCCUGCAGCAGUAUAUUACCACAGACAGGUUCUAGAAAUGUGUACUUUUUUAAACCACUACGAAAUACUAAAGCAAACAUCAGCCCCACCAGCUACAGCUGUGAUUAGCCUCAACUUCAAAGACAGAUUAAUAGACAACACCUUCGUUCCCAUGGAUGAGAGAAAAAUGACUGAAUCUCUUCUCCUCUUUUCCACUGGGGUUGGUGGCAUCCAGCCAUAGCCAAAGCAAUGUCAAGCUUUAAUUUAUUGCUACUCAGCAGCAUCAUCAGCUGCAGUAGCUGAAGGUUAAUGACAUGCAGUAGGAGGUAGAUUACCUGAUGUUUGCUUUAAUAGAAGUCUUAAGAGGAGGGAGAUGAUUCAGUGUGUGAGUGGCUGGUUUUGUGAAGGUCUCAGUGCUGUACAGAGCUGGCUAAUUAAUAAAUGUUACUUGCUAUGCAGGGGUCAGCAAUCACCCUGGAAGUGGAAGCAAAGUUCCUAGAGGGUACUGAUAAUGCUGUGAAUUUCUCCUGCAUGGAGAAUCCAUUGAAUUCUUCAACUGUAUCAGUAGCACGGUAUUUUUGUAUGUCAAAGUGUAUGACUUACUGACAUGAACUCAUUUAAUUGCAAACAUUUUGAAAUAAAGAGUCUUAUCCGUGUUGCUUA